GAAUCGAUAACCACCCUCUCAAAGUUAACAUCUUUGACGGUUUAAAGUGAGUCUUUCAGUGCCUCGGUUACCCUCUUCCGCGUAUUGGUGUCCUGUACCUUUCCAAUCAGGGAUCAUUUUCCACAAAAUGGGAGUACCAUGGACGGAUCAACUGUUGAGACGGGGGCUCCUGUUCGGGACUGUUACGUCACUGCUGGCCAUUGUGCACUGCGAAAAUGUAGAACCAAAACAUUCGGAAAUAAACAGCAAAGUCGAGGAAUUCGGAAUAUGCCCGGAUGUUAUAGAUAAGAAUGCAAACUUAAAAUUGAUUCAUGUCCAAUUCAGACAAACAGUCACGGUAAUGCUAGGAAAUAAGGUCCACGUCAAAGCACUGGGUUGCAAACCGCAUAAUAUAACGUGGGAAGCAGACAAUAGCACUCUCUAUACACUACUUCUUGUGGAUCCAGACUGGCCAAUCAAGGAGCCUCGCACGAUAAACGAAUUCCCACAUUGGAUGGUCGGAAACAUUCCGGGAAGCAAUGUUGACAAAGGGGAGACCAUAAUCGACUAUGUCGGUUUCCGCGCUACGGUCGUCGAUGAAAAUCCUCACCGGUACACUUUUCUAGCAUAUGCGCAACCUAAAAAGAAACCUAUUAAAUUCGAUGAGCCACGAUUGAAUACCACGCAAAUUUAUGAGAGAUCAUAUAUUAAGAGAUUCUCCAACUUCUCGGGUAAAAACAUAGCGAAGAAAUAUAAUCUGACGAACGUUGGAAUUAAUUUCUUCCUCGUCAGCCACAAAGAGAAGUAUAUAGACGACGACUACUUAAUCGACAAAGAAUACUGGGACGACUGAUCUGUCGGCAAGAUCUACUCUUUGCUUCUGGCAAAUUCUUGAGCCUGGAAAUGAUCAAAUUGCGGCUAAGAGCAAAACAAAAGGUGCCCAGGAUAACUCUCCUUCCUCUUGAGCCAGUGAGGACCUCAUGUUGAGGAUCAAAAUUUCAUGGACAUAAUAUACUGGGUCAACUGAUGUUUUGCCCUGUCAAAACGUGUCUUUUGCUUUGAGGCAAGUUCGGGGAAUGAGAAGUUUUCAAGAGCAUUUCGGCACUAUAUCUACCCUCCCAUGCUGAAGAAAAACGUCGUAUGAGCUUUUGGAUGUUGCUAAAUUUCCGUUGAUAAAAAUAAUAAUUUGCGGGGAAACCUGUAAAUAUAUUUCUGCCAAUUUUUAGAACGAAAUUCGUUCACAGAUUACUCUAAAGUAUCUGAAAAUUUCAAGGAUAAGUAUUCCUUAAUAAUAUAUAAAUGUUUUAUAACGGAAAAUUUGGCAACAUUUGAAUACUCAUACGGCAUUUUAUUUCGGUCAAGUAGGAAUAUCAAAUUACAGCGGGUGGUCAUCGAUUUUAUGCAUAAAUAUGAUAAGUUAUUUAAAAGUUGAGCAAAUUCGAAGCAUUGAUACCAUCUUAGAAGAUGAUCAAGGUUUUUUGUUUUAUUCGGGCACAUUUUAUUUACAAAAAACUUAUUUUGUGUCCUUUCCUCCCCUGUAGACCAAUGUAAUUUUUCUUGGAAUUUUGAUCGCUUUGCGUUUCAUCUAAAAAUGCUAGCUUCUAAUACAUUCAAAUUGUAGAUGACUCAUUCUUUUUUUUUUUACGAAAAAGAUAUCAACGCGUGAAUGUGAUCACAGACUUUGAGUCCGUGGCGACUUUUAAAAUCAGAGCGAUCACCUCUGCUCCUCGUAAAGAAAGACAUUUCGAAAAAAUUUCUCAGAUUUAUGAAAUAUAAUCGUUAUAUUUUCCGUUAUGUUUUAUUUCUCUUGAGACUGCAAGGAGAAAACACAAAAAAGAACGUAAAACUUCACUCUUUUGGCCUUCAGCUAAAUUCAUGUAGCCCGCUGAAGUUCUCAUCAUUGAGUAUAUGUGUAUGAUCAAAAGACUUUAGCUUUUAACAAUUUAGUUACGUUGCAUGUAAACACCUCAUUGUGCUUACAGAAGUUCAGGAAUUUGUUAGGCUUUGCCCGUGUAAAAUUUCCUUACUUAAAUUAUCAAAAGCAAUUGAAAGUGAAUGCUGUUAAGUUUUAGAACAAUCCAAAGGACGAGCUUUAUUUAGUCUCGGUUUUUCUCGCCUCAAAGAACCACUUUUCAUGGGAUUUUGGCACUUCUGGAACUUACACCCUUCAAAAAAUCUGUUCUAUUAUCAUCUUCUAUCUCAGUUACUUAAACCAUUAAGAUCUACUUGUAAGAAUUCCUUAUGAGGAUUGAGAAAGGAAAUUUUAAACGUGAAUUUUUGUUAACUUGUACUUUGCACACAGAGUCUCAAAUAAAUUUUUUUGCGAAAUUAA